AUGAAUGAAUACUUCCUAAUCAGGAAUUACCGCUUGAGUCGCGCUGGAGGUGGUGUUGCAUGCUAUAUUCAUAAGUCACUCAAGGCUACAGUCAUUGCGGCGUCCAGUAGUAACGGUGACGAUAACGAUAUCAAUAGCCCUGAAUUCCUAAUCAUUGAAAUUCGUCUACCUCUUGGCGAAGCUGUACUAUUUGCGUCCAUCUACAGAAGACCUAAAGGCCACCUUUUUCACGACUUCGUAGAUAAGCUUACUGCCGUCUCUCAUCGCUAUAAGAAUAUUGUCAUUGGUGGAGACUUGAACUGCAACCUGUUAAUGAAUAACUUUGAAGCCAGCUACUUGCGAGAACUUGCAUCUAGUCUAUCUCUACACAUAGUUCCCUCGGAGGCUACGCAUCAUACCUCCAUCUCCGACUCGUGGUUGGAUGUUUUAAUUAUCGACGAUCCUGACAAGAUCCUUUCCUUCACCAAGUCCCCUGUUCCAUUCAUAGCCGGUCAUGAUCUCCUUCAUCUUUCUCUUUCCUUUCAUUCCAAACAAAAUAUUACGCGAUCCAUAGUGCGCCGCUGCUUCAGGGACAUCAAUGGGGACGAGUUUCUCAGUUUUAUCAUUGAGAAGGUGACUGAGGUUCAGUCCGAGUUUAACUCUCUGUCCGAUGGAGUAGAUGUUUCUCGAUUGUGCAAGCUCCUGUCUGGUACUCUGCUCGAAGCAUUGGAUGUUUUUGCACCCGCUCGUGAGAUUGUGACCAAGCGCCCUCCCAUCAAAUGGCUCUCAGUACAACUUAAAGCCCGUCUAAAAUACUGUAAUCUACUUUACAAACAAGCCAAGCGGUCGGGCAGCCUCCUCGGGUUUGCCAGGUAUAGACUUUUUAGGAACCAACUCAAUGCCGAUAUCAAGCGUGCCAAGGCUGAAUUUCUUUUCACCUCUCUUAACAAUAUCACUGACCCGGCGAAGCUCUGGAAGGAGCUCGCUCGACUUGGUCUCACAAAAUCUAAUUUUGUGUCUCCUCUUCAUUUAUUCAAGUCCGAUGAACUAAAUGUCUACUAUGCUUCUGUUACCAGUGCUUCGUCGGUGUCUUAUCAUGAUUUUUCCUCAGCCAUUACUCUAAUUUCUUACCCUACUAGUCGACCUCAGCUCUCUUUUUCCACUGUUUCGCCUAGCGCUGUGUACAAACUUAUUGCCUCUCGACCGCCUCAUUCGUACGCGUCCGUGUUCCCGUCUGAUUGGAAGCGAGCUCUUGUUCGCCCACUCUCGAAGAUUCGUGCUCCUAUAUCUCCAUCAGACACUAGACCCAUUGCAAAUUUACCGGAAAUCUCUAAAAUUCUGGAAAGAAUAGUGAUCAAACAAAUCACAGACUACAUUGAAGAGUACAGUCUUCUUGAUCACAGACAAUCCGCCUAUCGUCUGGGUUACAACACCCAAUCUGCCCUUCUACGUGUCUGUGAUGAUAUCAGGUUAGGUAUUGAUAACAGACUAGCUACCAUCCUGGUUUUAUUCGACUUCAGCAAGGCAUUUGACACUGUCCCCCAUCUUCUUUUACUUACCAAACUCAAAAGCCUUGGUUUCUCUGUGACGGUUCUUACCUGGCUCUUCUCAUACCUGACUGGCAGAACUCAGGCUGUUGUGGAUGAUUCUGGGAUUCGUUCGGAAUGGCUACCCACAUCUCUAGGUGUUCCGCAGGGUUCUGUUCUUGGCCCACUACUGUUCUCUCUCUUCGUCAAUGACAUAAAGAUAGUUCAUGGCCUGGAACGGAUCACUAAGGAUGCAACUGCUAUCUCCGAAUAUGCGAGAGCAAAUGGACUUAAACUAAAUCUUGCCAAAUCCAAAGUGAUAGUUUUUGCUAGCCAGGGGUACUCUAGACUUAGAUCUUCGACAUCGACUUAGACCUAUUACCACCUGUCAUUGUCGACCAGACCAGACUUCCUUUCGUCAACGAGGUUCGUAACUUGGUUGUCACAUUGACCUCAAACCUCUCAUGGAGGAAACAUGUUGUGCACAUCUCUCAGGCUGUUCAUCAUGCUUUAUAUAAACUCAAAUUUAACAAAAAUGCUCUCUCCACCAAGCUCAGGAUCAAACUUGUUAACAGCCUCAUUCUUCCGCAUAUUGACUACUGUUGCCUAGUAUAUCAUGGCUUAAGCUCCGAACUUAAUACUAAAUUGCAACGCUUAAUCAAUUGCUGCAUAAGAUUUAUCUUCAAUCUUAGAUGAGCAUAUCACGCCAUACCGACGCAGUCUGGGAUGGCUUUCUGUUGAGAACAGAAGGCUUUACUUUCUUGGCUGUCUGACCUACCGUAUUCUGCAUUUA